CCUAGCAGCUUCUUCCUCCUCCUCUCCCUCAUUGAUCGGUUCAAUUGACAAGAAGUCACCCAAUCGCCUCCUCGAUCCAUGCCGGAGCCAACGUGCCGCGUGUGUGGUGCAGCCUCCUGCUGCUCGCACCUGUUGCACGCUGGCACAGACGAUAGCCGGGCCACCUUCUCCAUCUUCCCCGUGGUUCAUGAUCAUCAUGAGCCAGGGGUACAGCAGCCACCAGGGAGCCUGCACGAGUUCCAGUUCUUUGGCCAGGACGACCACGAAAGCGUCGCAUGGCUCUUCGACGACCCACCGCCCUCCAUCAGCGAUGACCAGUCCCCAGUUGAGAGCCAGCAUCACAAUAAGAGGCCAUCCAUUUUUGACCCCUUUGGGCAGCGGUACCUCCCCGGGAACGGGCUCACCUUCGAGGUGUCGCUUGGCCAGGGAGAGGUAGACGCCCGGCACACGGAGACAGCGGCAAGCGCCACCAUCAUGUCAUUCUGUGGGAGCACAUUCACAGACGCUUCAAGCUCCAGGCUCAAUGAGCCAAUCCUGAUCGACGGUCAGCUGCAAAGGCCAGUAGAUCCAUCAAUGGAGAGGGAGGCAAAGUUGAUGAGGUACAAAGAGAAGAGGAUGAAGAGGUGCUAUGAGAAGCAAAUCCGAUAUGCAUCCAGGAAAGCCUACGCGGAGACGAGACCCCGAGUGAAAGGCCGAUUUGCCAAGGUACCUGAAGCUUCUGCAGCAGGAAAACCAACACCGGCAACGACCUGUUAUGAUUCCAGUCAGCUUGAUCUUGGGCGCUGGUUCCAUUGAUAGCCAUAUUCAGAGUACUGGCUGGAGCUAGACUACACAUAUAUAUAAGCAUAUUAAUUAAUAAUCCAAUUCAUAGUACAUAUUAUCUACUCCCUCUGUCCAAUAAAAAAUGCAAUCCUGCAUUUGAGAAAAAAUCUCAUAAAGAGUGCAAUUCUAGAAAUUGGAUCCGAAGUACCUGCCUAAUUAAGUCGUCAGAUUUGAUUUGCUUGCCAAAACUAACCGUAUAUGGCAAACAAAUGAGGGCAUGAGGGUCUUUUCACGCCACCACUAAUCUGUCUGAAAAAACUAGAAGUACUCCUCAUGGAACGGAGGGAGUAGUAACUAUUUGUUGUAUGGAUUUUGCCGACCUUAUUAACAGCUUCAGGAUUAUAGUUUGUAUUGGUAUUUAUAUGACAGUAUUAGAUGGUUUUCAUCAAAUUUAAUAACUUUUAGCUAGUGAUCCCGUGGCCAGCAUGCAUUGCAAGCUUAACUGUACUAUAUGUGUGGUGUAAGCCAAUUUGGACUAUGAA